GGGUGCAUGAAAAGGUUAAAAAAAAUUUUAACGUAUGUAAUCGUCUAGUCAUGUGUUAAAUGGUGUCUUUAUGACCUUCAUUGCAUUGUAUUUCAUGACUCUUUGGUACAAAAAUGUGCAUUUUACAGGAGGAACUGAAGAUUAAAACGCUUAAUUACUCGGUGCUCAUGGAAGAGCUGAUGAAGAACGAAGAAAUGGAGCAGGCGCAAAAACUUGAAGAAAUGUCUGCACAGAUGAAGAGAAUGGCCGAAGACCUGCAGAACUUUGAGAAAGACGUCGAACUGUUCCAGGAGAGCUAUGAGAACAUUCUGGCAGACGACAAAGCUCAGGACAAAGACUUCAGGAAGGAGUUUUCCAAUCUGCACAAAGCUCAUGUUGAUCAGCUGUAUAAACUGUUCAAGCGAAGGCCCAG